UAUGUGUGUUGUGCUGCAGUGUGUUUUGUGCUUGCUUGUAACAACAGACAAAUGAACUCGACGACAUUAAGUGCAAAAGUAACAGUUGUUUGUGAAAUUAGAACUGCAUAUUUGCAAUACUUAAAGUAUAGAGAAACGUGAGAUUAAUUGACGAAUAUUGUGUUUGUUCAAGUGCAACGUCUUUAAAAAAGAGGCCGAGCUGUGGCCCGGCGGAAUUACACGAUGGAAACUGCCGAUCUUAAUGGCGGGAACGCCGAGGUGGCGUGCGAAAGUUCUAACCUAGAAACUGUCGAGGAACAAAUAGAAAAACAAUCUGAAGGAGAAAAACCAGAAGAAACUAAUGAAAUCGAACAAGAAAUAAAUGGUGAUACAACGGAUUUAUCAAAAAGUGUCACGUCACCGACGCGAAGAACUUUGCGUAAAACCAAGGCCAAUUCGACAAGCAACGUCGAAGCCGUCGUCGAGAGUGACGCAAAACCCAAAAUGAAGGGAUGUAAACGAAAACUUUCAGAUCCAGAAAUGAAUUCAGAGGAAUCACUCGAUUUCACCGGCUUUGAUAGUCGUUAUUUUGAUAAUUCCGAUACGGGAAAUUUAGUUCUUCAAAAACUAAUUGCUGAAGUAGAAUUAACAGUUGGUACGAAAGCAAAACGUGGUCGUCCAUCUCGAAAGAGUAUAGCGAUCGACAGCAAACAAGACGAUAUUUUAAAUGACGUACGUGAAAUUAUGUCCGCCAAAGAGCCUGAACCGAUGGAUGUUGUGAAUAAUAUUGAAUCUGAUGUACCUCAACCGAAGUUUGAAGAAACACUUAGUAAAUCGUCAGUUUCAACUGUAAAUAAUAGUACGCCGAAUGUGUCUGCAAAAUCAAAAGCAAAUCGACCAUUAACAGCAAUAACUCCCUCGACACCAGUGGGAAAACCAAAAGUCGACUUAUCAAAUCCUGCUUUUCUAGAGCCAUUUAAAAGUGGUUGGAAACGAGAAUUAGUUCAUCGUGGUGCUGGAAGUGAAGCUAAUCUCAAAAAGGUGGCUGAUAUCUACUAUAUCACGCCACAAGGAAAAAAGAUUAGAAGUUACAAAGAAAUCUCUGGCCAUUUGACGGCGAGUGACAAUUUGACAGUGGAAAAUUUUACCUUCCAUAAGGACACCCUUGGCUUGAAUGAUCCCGAAAAGGAAAUUGUUCGAACAGCCAGAAGAGGAGGACCAAAGGAUGCCACGCCAGUAGGGAAAACUGCUGUUAAAAAAGUAGCUGCCUCUCCUGCUGCUGUCACUGUCGCUAAGAAAACGCCAGCGAAAAAAGCAGAGAAUCUUCCAGCACAAGUAUCAACACCAGUGGUGGCUAAAUCCAGUCCCGCUAAAUCAGUUGGAAGACCACCGAAAAAUACACCUGCUUCACAGAAAAUUAAACCUGUGAAGAAAACGCCAUUAAAAAAAGAGACGAAACAAAAGCAAUUGGAUCAAAAACAAUCUUCACCUGCGCCUGUUACCGAAUCUAAGGAAAAUGAGUUCUCGCCUGCAAUAAGUUCUCCAGCAACUAAACGAAAUCAACAGGCAAUUGAGAAAACUGUUUCGCCGAAAGCGAAACGACCACUAAAGGCCAAAGUUCUGGAACCGUGUAGUCUACGAUGUUCAACCAGCAUGGGCCAAAUACCCAGUUUACAAUGCUCAGUCUGCCUUUGUCUUUAUCAUCCCGAAUGUGUUCACGUCGUCGAAUAUGCAGGCUGCGAUUAUGUUUGCGAGAAUUGUCGACAAGACACGGACGAAACGGCAAUGCAACAACAAACGCAAAAUUCAACGCUAACACCACCUCCAUUAAUACCAAUUAGUAUGAUAGGUACAUCAAAUAUAAAAGCAAAACAUUCAGGUAAUAUUGCACCCCCAAAAUUACAACGUAUACCAAAGUCCGAUGGUACGGAUGCACAUUUACGAAUUAUUUCGAAACAUUUAAAAUCAGGUCCAUGUCAAACGGCAGUAGCACUACCACCACCGCCUACUCCCACUCCUCCCCCUGCGUCUCAUUCAAUUGCACAAUCCACGGAGAAAAAAGAAGCAGCGUGGUUCAAUAAAAAUGACAAUGAUUUUCGUCUCAACAGUUAUGAUGGAUCGGUACCAAAACCUGCACAAAAUAUUGCGACAAUGGCCGGCAAACGAUAUAUAAUAAUACCAAAAAAUAAUUCCAUGGCAGUGCAACCGGCAAUCACUGUGAAACAGGAUAAACUCACCGAUAAAACACCAGCAUUGCCAAUUAAUUCAUCAACCGACAAUACCGUUUCAAAGGAGGAAACUACACAAAUAAAGGAAUUGACGCCGAUCGUUGAACAAAAGGAAAAAACAAUAAUUGAUAAUGAAGGUCCGAGUGAGACGUCAAUGGAAAUUUUUAGUGAUAAUCAAAAGGAGAAUGUUAACGAAGAUCUUGUAGAAGAUUUGAAAAAUAUUUCGCACGAGAUUUCUAAAGAUGUUCAGGAAACUGGUGAGGCGGGAAAAGAAUUUUCCACUCCAAUGGAAAUUGAAUCGAAUGAAAUGAAUUUCCCGGUGGAGGCAAGUGAUAAUGGUAAAUUGUCUGAAAUUGUGAAUUUGGGGAGGAAGAAAUUGAAAAAAGCGGUUGGAAAAAAUCGAAGAGGAGUGCGAAGUAAAUAUUUAUCGAAUGGUACAACGCAGAAAUUGGUGGAUGAACGUGCAUCGUCGGGAAUUCUUAAUAUCGCGAGAGCUGGAUUAAAAAGGAAGCAAGUACAAGCGGAAACGGAACAACGGCAAAAUUUUAUGGUAUCAGUUUGCGCUGGUUAUCAUGCAUUAUCAAAAGUCUUUCAAUAUUUAAAAGUACAAGAAUUAUUGAGAGUUGGUCGUGUUUGUAAAAUGUGGCGUGAUCUCGCUGCACAUCCGUCAUUGUGGAAAACAGUGAGAAUGAAAAAUAGUCAAGUAACCGAUUGGAAUGGUUUCGCUGAAACUCUAAAGAAAAGUGGAACACAAUAUUUAGAUUUAAGAAAAAUGAUUGCUUCCGGUGAAUCUGAAGCGAUGUGGAGAAAUUUUGCCGCUGUUAUACCACGUGUCAAUAGUCUCGUUAAAUUGGAAUUUUGUCGUUGCACGGAAAUUGGAGUUGAGGAAGUCAUUAAAAAUUGUUCACAAUUGGAAGUUUUAAUAGCCCUUAUGAUCAAAUGUGAGACAUUGAAUUUAGAAUCAUUGGGAAAUCUCAAACGAUGUCGUGAAUUAAGACUGAAAUCCUUGGGAGGAAUGUAUUUGCAGGAUGAUCUCUCGUCUAUAAAGGAAUGCACUCAUUUGACCUAUUUGAGUCUCACGACAAUUAAAGAUCUCGGUCAAAAGAAACUCGAUGCGUUACAAUUUCUAGUUAAUUUAGAAACACUUGAACUAGGCGAUUGUACUGAUUUUCCAGAAACUUUUGGAAAAGAAGCCCUAGUGAAAUUAAAUAAAUUAGAGCGAUUAAGACUGGAAAAGGGACAAGGUUCAUGUUCAACAUUCGACAUAUUGGAUGGCGCUUCAAAAAUAGAGAGUUUAAGUCAAUUGGAACUUGUUAAUUUCGAUGUGAAGAAUGGUUUUGACAAAUUUUUGGCAAAAUGUACAAAUAUCAAAAGAUUAUUAAUAAUACCGACGUAUAUAUCACAAUCGGCAACAACAAAUAAUAUGGUACUUGCCGGUGUCAUUGAAUUAUCGCAAAAUUUAACGCAUUUUGUUUGGGGUGUCACCUUAGAAUUAUUACGAGUCACUGAAUUGUUUGUCGAUCAAUGCAAUCAAAUGAAUAAAACUGUUAGCGGUGACUCGAUACCAGUACUGAAACCAGUACCGUGCUUGAAAUUAAUUCAAGAUAAUGUCGAUGAUGCGGACAGCAAAAAAGAAGACGAUAACAAACAAGCGAGUGGAUCGAAUCCCCAGGUGGACAUUUUGCCCAUGUCGCAAUUACAAAAACUCUUGCUCACCGCAUUACCGAAGACAAGAGUGAAGAUAUUGAAAAUUCCUUUUAAUGCAACGUGGAGGCAGAAUAUUUCCGACACAAUUUCUCAAUAAGGAUUUUUCUUUUUAAAAUAAAGAAAGAAAAAAAUCUAAUAAUUGUUGUGAACAUUUUUAACAACAACUAUUAACUGUGCAACUUUUAUCUGAUACUUUGUCCCAAUCAUUUUAUUUGAAAGUGAAUGUGUGUGAAAAUUAUCGACAAAGACGGAUCAAAUAAAAGCUUCAUCAGAUGCAGAGGUACUGCUUAGUUUCAGGUAAAUUUUAACAUUUCAAAAAAAGAAAGAAAAUCUGUCAUUUAAAGAACGUCCAAUUGCAUCGACAGUGAAAUUUAUUACUUUUGUUUAAAAUCGAACAAUACGAUAAAUAUUUAUCAGAAAUUUUGCAGUAAGAUUAUAUUUAGACGUUAGAUUGUAUAAUAUUAUGAAAUAUUAUAUAUAUUAUAAUAGUUCUAAUUAUUGUUUGGGUUUUAACGCUGCAAAGAAGUUACGGGAGAAAUUAUAUUUGGUAACUUGAUAAAUUUUGUAAAAAAAAUACAUAAUUGAAAUGAGGGAUAUCUAAGAAACCCAGCGAUGUACUAGGACACUUUGAAGAAAGAAAAAGAAAAUUAUAUUUAUAUAUAUAUAUAUAUAUAUAUAUAUAUAUAUAUAUAUACAAUCAAAUAUAUAUAUAAAAAUCUCAUUGUUAUCCUAGAAUGACUGAGAGGCUUUGUAGAAUAUUAGAUGCAUUUCUUAAUAAUUAGAUUUAGAUUUUUCUGUAAUUUUCAAAAUAUCUAUACUCUUUUUUUUAAAAAGAAACAUUAAAUUCUGUGAAGAAAGAAAAUAUAUAUAAAAAAGUAAAAUAUAUAUUUCUUUACUGAGAUUCCUUUGCAGCGCGGAAAUUCUUAGAUUCCCCCUAUUUUUUUUUUUGUUUUGUUUAAACGAGUUUUUAUUUAUAAAAAACAUUCAGGAAA